AUGCCUAACAAAUAUCUGCUGAAUCCACCGGACAACCUACACUCGCUCACGGCUGACAGCCGAAAACGAAUAUAUCCAGACUUUGAUCCAUGGAGUCAUACACCCGUUCAAGAUCAGAUCUUUCUCGAGUUUGUUUCUAAGGGCUACUAUAAUAGUGCUAAAGUCAAUUUCGAAAGCAUCUCUUCGAGGUCUUCCCUGCAAGAAUCAUUACCUGCAGUAUCAGAGCAUCUUGCCGAACAGUUAUCUAAGGUUAUGACAAUUAGGGAGGAGCAAGUAAACAAAAUUGGGACCAAUUCUCCAGACUCGAAAUCAAUGCAUACCGCUGGGUCAGACCUUUGCGGUCCGGGGUUUUCACUCCCGAAAAGAGUCACGCUUACGGAUCACAAGAGAGAGCUUUGGCUACAGGCUCUGAGUUCUCCGCAUUCGUCCCUUGCAGAUACUGUGAAGACAAUUCCUCACGGCCUUAAAAGACGUCAGGUAUUAGAGCAAUGUUACCAAAAACAAGUCCCGUAUUCUAGGGCAAUUUGGCUGAUCAAAUGCUGCUUCACGCUUGAAUGGAAUACAUUGAUCAGCAAACAAGUCUCUCGCCAACAUGAAGUUUCGCUGAAACUCUUGAAAGAAUGGUCUGAAUCUAUGGCUCACAUUCUAGAGAAACUGGUGUUCGAAAUGACACAGUAUUACAACGAACCCUUGAAACUGAAAAGCUGGCGGCGUAGGUUGGCGUACUAUUUGAAACUUCUAGGGAAUUGCUAUGCAUUGCAUAUGAUUGAUAGGAACGUUUUCCAUCACUGGCUGGUGGACUUCGUUGUCAAGGUUGAAAACUUCGAAUGUUUACCAAUGACACUUCACAUUCUCAUUGUUUUUUGGGAUGGGAUUUUCGGGAGUUUGCCGGAUAGUGAGAACCCCCAGCAGCUUUUCCUCGUCAAUAAGUUGACGGAGGCUUUGAUAUACAAGUAUUAUAUGGUCUCAACCAGCAAGUCCAUGAUAAAUGACGAGCAAUAUCUGAUUAAUGACAUCAAAAAGAAUAAAAAACUUGGAUCCAUGAUAACCAAACGGAUAAGUUUUCUAAUUUUAAAAGUAUUCGACGAGCAGUCGCUAGAGGCAUUUGUGUUUCCUAGCUCUAAUUGGGAGAUCUACAAGAAGUGUCUUUAUGAGAUAAUACCUACUGAAAUACCGCAUGAAAACCAUCCAUAUAAAACAGACUCUCUCAAGAAACUUGAACUCAUUGUGUACAGGAAUGAGUCACUGAAAUUUAACACAAUACUACACGAUCCCGAGGAGCAUAAAUCAGGUAGUAACAACGAGCCCAAUAGCGACUUAGAGAGUAUCUUCAUUCCAAACCGAGUACUGAAGCUGAAGAACAUUGAUUAUGAGCUCACCAGACUACUUGAUGCCAACGCUGCUGGUGACGACUGGUUAAGCUUUGCAGAACACAAAUUUUCCCGAGUGGACCAAGUAAUCCAAAUGAUGCUCUGGGCGAUUCAUCCUUCUCGAUUCCACCACUAUGAGGCUGCUGAGCUAACUGCAAAGCUUCUUUUACUCAAGUUAAACCUCAAAAGUGGUCUACUUGAAUAUAGUCUAGAGGACAAGAUAUGGGCCCUGAUGUUUGUAUUUGCAAAAUUGAAGCCCCAAGAACGUUGUUUAGUUGUCAAGCUCUCAAGACUGCACCAACUCUUAAAUGUGUUCAUUGGCUAUGGAAUAGUUAAGGUCCCCACUUACAUUAGAAAGUUGAUCAGUUCAGGAGUCUUGUAUUUAACAGAUUCCGACGACAAGUUUUUUCAUUGUGAGCUCCUAAUUAACCUUAAAAUAUCUCCCCUCAUGAAAAGUCAGUACAACAUGGUUUUAAGGAAUGUGGUCGACGUUUGUCCCAAGUAUUUUGAGGAUUAUAACUAUGAUAAUUUGAUGGCGUUGUUGGGAGAGUCUAAAGACUCUCUGCUUACCAGGAAUUAUACCUUUUUUGGAAGUGUGCCGUACAGCGUGAAAUUGAUGACUUCAGAGUGGUAUCUCAAUCUCAUUUGCUCUCCAGUCAACGGAGAUCUUUUACCAGUUACGAAAGUUGACAUAAGAGAUAAACUGAUGGUAUUCUGUGUAAAUCUCAAACUGUACCACCAAUUUUACAAAUGGGUCGAAUUUAUUGUCUACCACAAGCUGCUUAAGGAUCUUGAGGCUCUAGAAUGCUUGGUAGAUAUUUUGAUCUAUUACGAUAGAUUAUUCUCCCUGUUAAUCAAUGAUCACAUCCUACUAAUGAAAACUAUUUUGCACCUAUACUCUGAUAAACUGAUCUGGGAAAGUCCCGAAUCCCAAAAUCUCAUAACAUUGGGUGGCUUUCUGCAUUUUUUCACUACCAGGUUUCCUAUGGCUCUAGAACUUGACACCGAUUUGCAAGCAAAAUUGCAUGAGGUAAAUGAGUUCGAGAAAGCAAAAAUUGAAAAGGUAACCAAGUCAAACUCAAGAUCGGGACCUUCAACCUUCCCUAAUGAACAGGAUCUCACAAUAAGUUCUGGCGAUGACUCCUCAAGUUUUCCAAGUCUAUUUCAACUAAAUCUAAAACUUAUUUUGCAUCCCAAGACAGACGACGAACUUCAAACUGCUAGAAAUAAUAUGAAAGCGCUAAUGAUAGUCAACCUGAGUGAAUACAACAAAUUCAUGGCGAUUUUCUUGAAGAGGAAAGUGGCUACGGCAAAUGAUCUUGCUCGUCUUAUUUCCAUUAAGGUGCUAAGUUUAAAUUCGGUUAGCAAGAUCCUUGGCGAAGAAUCCCUUCUUUUGAUGCUUGAUAACUCCUUCUAUGACCAUGGCAUGGCAUUUGAUUUGGAAAAAAAGCACUUCACUAGGCGCAAUCUCAAGACUGUUUUCAAGGCACUCUGUGACAAUUUACCCACAAACUAUAAAAGGCUACUCGACCUCAUUGCAGAAUACUCUCCAUCAAAAAUCGUACAGGACUAUGCUUACAAGGUCAUUGGUUCUUCAGAAAUCCUUGGGCACAAGUGUCUAUUUUCACUUGCUAGCGAGAUGUUGAGCCUCGGUGUGGUUUCUACGUCCUCUGAAUAUCUGCUCUUUGAACCGAACAAAGAUGAAAGAGAAGAGGAUGAUGGUGAUAUGACAGAAGAUGAAGCUGAUGUUCUUGACCUUUAUGAGAGGUUAGAUUUCACUAAUUUAUGGAUUUUCCAGUUGCUCACUUGCCAUUUUUUACAGAAAUCAGAGACUAAUAAUUCAGCAGGUUAUGAGCAACGUUGUUCAAGGCUUGUACUAGAUUGCAUCAGAAUCUCCAACAAUGAUAUUUUGGGCUCCAAAUUAUUCGACAAAGUUACGGAUAUUGAAGUUCUACAAAAUACUCUGCAAGUAUUGGAGGUUAGCUUUCUCAAAAACCUUUUGGGUCAUCAAAUAGAAGGGGUUUCCCAAUAUCCAUUGAUAGUCGAGACAAUCAUCAAUAUAUCCAGAAAACUUAACAGAGUUCUAGCUGGAAACAUCGCAUUAAGCAAAGAAACAUCUAGUCUAAUGCAGAAGUGCUGUCAGAGGUUUGCCAUGAACGACUCUGAGGAUUUAAAGGCUUUAGAACCUCAAUUAGACGUAUUUCUGAAAAUUCUUAUUGUUCAUCAAAGAUUCAUCCUAAAAGAAGGUUUCGAAAAUUCAACAGUGUUGCAGAAAAACGAUGGAAACUUUUUGAAGUUGCUUUGCCUUCUUUUUCAAAAGAUAGGAUUCAGCUUAAAAUUGAAGCUGUUGCUUUACGAUGUAUUGGCUUCUUUGAAGUCAUUUGCUCUCUUCUCACCUUCUAAUGGUGAGCAACUACUCUUUCGCAGCGCAAGAGUGAAGAUUCCACAAGAGCUUGUGGAUCUCCCACCUUUCAAAAUUUCAUCGUUCAUGACAGAUACGAUAAAGGAUGACUCCAAAAACAUUGUUGAGCUAGGAAUCAAAGACAAGGAGGAAGUUUGCCAUAACUACGAGCCGAAAUUUUUCUUUUACAACCGUAAACUCGAAAGAUUCGAGGCUGAGUUAACAUUGAGACCUUAUCACCUACUUGACAACUUGCAGGAGGAUAAUGAAUUCAAUGAUACACCACUAAACUUAAGCCUAUUUAACGCACGUUUCGAUAGGCAAAACCCAACUUGA